AUAUCCUUCCUAAAAUCUAAAACCAUCUUAGUAAUAUAAAAGAAAGCCUUUGGGUUGGGAUGUUAAAUGCAAUGAGCAGCCAGAAAAGUCUCUCCAAUAUGCAGAAAUUUCUAGUCCUUCUCUUCUUCCUCAGCUUCCUCUUCAUCCAUGGCAGCCCAGAAGUGCUUUCGAGCCCUUACCGUUACUGCUCCAACAAUACCUUCUCACCAAACUCCACCUACCUUUCCAAUCUCAAAACCCUCUUUUCCCUUCUUUCUUCCAAUUCUUCUCGCGGUCUGUACCACAAAUCUUCCGCUCCCCCUGCUUACGCCGACUUCCAGUGUCGGGGGGAUCUCAACGCCACCGCCUGCCGAGACUGCGUCGCCACAGCCACCUCCAAUUCCUCCCAGCAAUACUGCCCCCUUAGCGUAGGGGCGGUCCUUUGGUUCGACGAGUGCUUUUUGCGCUAUUCCAAUCGAUCUUUCUUCUCCGUCGUGAUGGAGCAGCCGUCGUUGAUUUUGAUCAACGGCGAUGCUAUUGAGGAGGACGUUCAUGGGUUUGACCAAAUUGUGGGUUCUGCGUUGAACGAUACGGUGGCCAAUGCUUCUUCCCGGAAAGGGGAUUUGAAAUUUGCAACCAAGGAAGCGAGAUUCGGAAACGUGACGGUUUAUACUCUGGCACAGUGUACUGGGGAUUUGUCCAAUUCAAAUUGUAGGAAAUGUUUGACAAAUGCUGUUACAAAUUUCCCUGAUUGUUGUAGUGGUAAAAAGGGCGGUAGAAUUUUGUUUCCCAGUUGUACCUUCCGUUACGAGCUUUAUCCGUUUUACGGCGGCGUUUCCCCCUCCUCUGUUUCAAUUCCCCCGGCAUCUGCCCCUGCAGUGCCUUCUCCACCGGAAUCUUCCUCCCCUCCGGCGGAUUCAAUGUCAGCUCCGCCUCCUCCGUCGUUAUCCUCCUCUCCCUCCGCACCGGCACCCUCUACGGCCGCUCCUCCACUACUUUCAGGAAAACGGAGAGCGACAGUGGCCAUGGCGAUGGGCAUCGUUGUUGCAGGCUAUUUUCUGUGAUUUGAAUUCACUCACAUGGGUAGGGUUUUUUAGUAGGGGAAUUUUCAACCUUAGUUCUCAAAUAAAAAGAGUGUCCAUUACCACCAACCUAUGCUCAAUUUGUUGUGCCGAGAGGUUUUCUUUGGUGAAUUUUUUAAUUUAGAAAGUUUUUAUGAACAACUUCAUGUCUAAUUAAUCUUUAGAAUGAAAAAUUAAAUAUUUGAUAUUUUAUAGUGAUGUAUGGUUUUGAUUCAUUGAGUUAAGUUCAAAUAGUCUAGUUGGAUAAUUUUUAGAAUUUUUCCAAAAGUUAAUACAUAUUUGAGAAAUGUAUAAACUAAAGUUUAUUUCUUCAAUUACUAUGAAAGAUAUAUGCUUAA